AACAUCACCCAGGCUUCCUGGAUUCUUUUUCGCAUGGGUUAGUUGAUCAUGAUGGCGGAGAACUGAAGCUAGAUGAUCCUGACAUCAGAAUAUCCUUCCCUCCGGGAGCGAUCCCAAAAGGAAUGAGAUCAGUUGUUACUCUCACCGUUUCGAGACGAAGUUUAUCGAAAAUUCCUUUGGGAAAUGGAGAGGUUCUCAUAUCACCAAUCAUCCAAUGUUCCUUCUUUCAAGAACUCCUCAGACCAGCUUCUAUUUCCCUUCCUUGCUGCAUCACUUCAGACGGAUGCAAAAUAGAUAAAGAUGGGGUGCGAAUUAAACUUUAUGCCAAAUUAGAACCAGGAAAAUUUGGUCGCAGAGUAUUCUCUUCUCAAACACCGAGUGGUUUCCAGAUCUCUCAAGAAAAGAUUACCUUCUCAACACGUCAUCUUCAACUAUUUACAUUGUCAUCAACAUAUAUUCAUGGUGUUCGAUUCACCUGUGAGAUGUCUCUUACUUACUCUUCAAAUAAACCAACACUCCAUGUUCUCGUAGCUCACCCCUACAACGGAUACCGCACAGCCGUCAGCAAACGUCACGAGACCUUUUCAAAACUAUCCUACCAAGCCACGGCUGUUAUAAAAUUCAAUAUUGAAUCAUCAGAAGAUGACAUUAAGCUUUUGUUUCUGUAUGACUCAGAUAACGCCUUUUAUAUAAGGGUUCCUGUUCACUGCCUACUCGGUGGAGGAUGUCAUUCAAGCACAUUUGAUCUAUCGCCCUCUACUGCAAAUGACAAAAAGUUUAAAGCAUGUCUGCAUAUUGACCAGGGUGCAUCAACGCUCGCACAACAUCAAUUUACAAUAUUGAAAGAAGCUCAACCAGACUAUGCAAUCUCCCCCACGCGAGACAGACAGAGAUUUGCAUCAGACUACAUGCUAGAGGUGUUGUCGGAUCUAGUAGGACUUUGUGACAAUAAGGAUGCUCGGGAACUGGGCUACAAACUUGGUUUCUCUUACUCAUCAGUGAAGAAAUACCUGGUCAGAACCGAAUCCUCGGCCCGUAGUGUCUCAAGAUCGGCUCUUAUAGAAAUGCUAAUGGACUGGAGACGGUGUGUCCGACCCAGUGAGCAGGUCGAGAAACUCAAACUUGCUCUAGAUGCCGCUGGGUUAAGACAUGAAGCUGAAAUCCUCUUUGACAAAAAAUAG